AUGGUAUACACUGCGUCUUUUGCAUUUUUUGAAGCCCUUUGGGAGUAUGGCGUCAGCCAUGUCUUUGUCAACCUCGGAUCCGACCAUCCUUCGAUUAUCGAGGCCAUUGUCAAAGGCCAGAAUGAGGCCAAGGGCCAAUUCCCCAAAAUUAUCACGUGUCCAAAUGAGAUGGUCGCUCUGUCCAUGGCCGACGGAUAUGCUAGGUUGACGGGCAAGCCCCAAUGUGUCAUUGUACAUGUCGAUGUUGGAACACAAGGUCUUGGAGCUGCUGUGCAUAACGCCUCAUGUGGACGCGCGCCUGUUCUCAUCUUCGCCGGCCUGUCCCCAUUUACCAUCGAGGGUGAGAUGCGCGGUAGCAGGACAGAGUACAUUCACUGGAUACAGGAUGUGCCAGACCAGAAAAAGAUUGUCGAGCAAUACUGCAGAUAUACGGGCGAAAUCAAAUCUGGCAAGAAUGUCAAGCAAAUGGUUAACCGCGCCUUGUCCUUCGCCAUGAGCGAUCCAAAAGGUCCGGUAUAUCUCUACGGCGCGCGAGAGCCCAUGGAGGAGGAUCUGACCCCAUACACGCUAAAAAAGGACUACUGGGCACCCGUCGAGCCGUCUGCACUUCCCCCCAAAGGCGUCAAGGCAAUCGCCGAAGCUCUGGUCAAGGCCCAGGAACCUCUUAUCGUAACUGGCUACUCUGGCAGAAACCACGAAGCAGUAAAGGAGCUCGUUCGGCUUGCAGACAACGUCAAAGGCAUCCGUGUGUUGGAUACAGGAGGCAGUGACAUGUGUUUCCCCGCAAACCACCCGGCAUGGCUGGGCCUGCGCUACGGCAACGAUCCGGCCAUCAAAACAGCCGAUGUCAUUCUCGUUCUCGACUGCGAUGUACCAUGGAUCAACACUCAGUGCCAUCCCAAAGAAGACGCGAAAAUCUUCCAUAUAGACGUUGAUCCGCUCAAGCAGCAGAUGCCUGUCUUUUAUCUCAACGCCAUUCAACGCUACCAAGCCGAUUCGUAUACAUCGCUAAACCAGCUAAACGAGCACCUAGAGUCUGCUUUUAAAGAACAACUCACCAGUCAGCUCUUCGAUCAGCGAUGGUCGGCUCUGCAAGAGUCAUACAAGAAGAAACUCCAAGGCAUCGCAAGCGAAGCCAAGGUUGAUGACAAGGGCCACUAUGGCACACCUUAUCUUUGCUCCCAGCUGAAGAAGCAAUGCCCACAAGACACCAUUUGGGCCAUCGAGGCCGUCACUCAAACCGGCUUUGUCGCGGACCAGAUACAAGCGAUGUUGCCCGGAUCAUGGAUAAACUGUGGCGGUGGAGGUCUUGGAUGGUCUGGCGGUGGUGCCCUGGGUAUCAAGCUCGCGACCGACUAUGAAGGCAAGAAACAAUUUGUAUGCCAAAUUGUCGGCGACGGCACAUAUCUCUUCUCUGUGCCUGGUUCCGUCUACUGGAUCUCCCAGCGCUACAAGAUUCCUGUUCUCACCAUUGUGCUCAACAACAAGGGCUGGAACGCCCCGCGCAAGUCCAUGCUGCUCGUCCAUCCUAACGGUGAAGGCUCCAAGGUCAGCAAUGAAGAGCUCAACAUCAGCUUUGCGCCCACACCGGAUUACUCUGGUAUCGCCAAGGCGGCGAGCGGCGGCGAAAUAUGGGCUGCGCACGCGAGUACAGCUGACGAGUUGGGCAAACUUCUCCCGGAGGCUAUCAAGUCCGUGUUGAACGGUACUUCGGCCGUGUUGGAUGCUCAUCUCGAGGGACCAGAAGGAAAGUAUGGAGGCGGCAAGGGCCGUCUGGGUUGA